CUGGGUCACCAGGCGUGCACGCCGCUGGGUCACCAGGCAUGCACGCUGGUUCUCGCGCUGGGCCAGGCACCGGCGCCAGUCGCACUGCCAAUGCCAACACCAGCCGCAGCACAGCCAGUGUCAGCAGCAGCAGCAGCAGCAGCAGCGCCACCACCACCACAGGUCCGCUACUUGUCACUGCUGCAGUCGCCACAGGCUGCAGUAACAGCACCAGCACCAGCGCCAGCAGCAGCAGUACCACCACCACCACCAGCAGCAGCACAAGCCCAAGCAAUGGUGAGAAUGCUACAUUUCUAGAGCAGGAUAGCGCACAGGCACAGACAGAGACACAGACAAACACAGAGCCAGAGCAACAGACGGGCACACAGCAAGAGACAGGCGCACUGAAUUGUCAACAGGCACAGAGAGGGGGUUUGCAGGGUGUGCAGCAGCUGCAGCAGGGGUGGCAGCACGUGGCAGCAGCAGCGGCGGGGGUGGGGUGGACAGUGGAUGAGAAGAGCCUGCUUUUGAGUCGAUUCAGAAGCUGGCAGCAAGCAGCGGCGGCGGGGGUGGGGUGGACAGGGGAUGAGAUGAAGCGAGCUGGUGAAAUUGUGGCCGCUGCCAGGCGCACGCACAGCAGAUUCUCCUCCCUCUUUGCUGCCUCGGGGCGUGCUGCUGGUGGCGGGGCUAGUGCUGCUGGUGUGGGUGGUGUUUUGGGGGCUUCUAGUGCUGCUGGUGCUGCUGGUGCUGGUGGUGCUGGUGGUUGUGGGGGUGCUAGUGCUGCUGGCGGGGGUGGUGGUGCUUCUGGUGGGGUUGGCAGCUUUGCAGGGAAAGGCGGUGGUUGUUGUGACGAUCCUGUGAUUGCUACAGCUGCUGCUGCUGCUGAUGAUGAUGGUGGUGUUGCUGCCACUAGUGCUACUUCUGAAGCUACUGCCGCUAUUGUUGGUACUGCUGGAGCUGCUGCUGCUGCUGGAACUGCUGCUGCUGCUGCUGGAACUGCUGCUGCUGCUGCUGAUGCUGCGGAUGCAGCUGCUGAUGCUGCGGAUGCAGCUGCUGAUGCUGCUGCUGAUGCUGCUGCUGAUGCUGAUGCUGCUGCUGAUGUUACUGCUGCUGCUGCUGCUGCUGCCACUGCGGCCUGUGAUGGAGAGAAGCAAGAUACAGAUGGCACACUUUACAGCGCUGCUCAUGAUGACGCUCGUCACAAUGGUACGGGUGAAGGUAAUAACGGAUGUGUUCGUGAUGGUGAUGGUGCUGGUGGUGAUGGUGAUGGUGCUGGUGGUGAUGGUGAUGGUGAUGAUGGUGGUGGAGAUGAGCAGCAUGACCAUGGCCACGAGGCAGUGUGGGCGUGGAUAGCAGGGGGCGCCCCAGUACCCCAUACCGCCUCUUUCUCCUCUCUGCUCUCCAGCCACCCACGCUCCCCUGCUAGCACUGUUGCUCUACCUGCCGUUACUGCUGCUGCUCCCAUUGCUGCUGCCACUGCUGCCUCUCCUUCCGGCUUGCUUGAAAUAGUGUCUCCAUUCGCAACUGCCAAGGGCCAGGAGAAGGGGGAGGGAUCAGCAGCAUCAGCUACUGCAGCAGCUGCCUCUGCAUCGGCAGCUUGUGAGGCUUAUGUCGCCCUGCCUAUUCUUACCGCCACACCUAGUUUCACCGCUACAACUUCCUUGAACAGUCACCACCGCCACCACCACGAGUCACCUGUUCCGCGUGCCUUCUCUGCCUCUGCCCUCCCCCUCCUCUCCUCCUCCCCCUCUAUUUGGAGUCCUGCUGCCUCUCCUCUUAAACUUGCUGCAAGUCUCUUACCUGCUCCUGAGAAGCAGUGGGAGGGGCCGUUGGGAGGUAAAGGGGAGGUGGUAUCUGGGGAAGGUGAAGGGAAGGUGUUGAGUGGGAGAGGUGGAGGGGAGGUGGUAUGUGGGAAAGGUAGUGCAGAGGAGCAACUGGCAGCAGAUGAUGGUUGUGCAGAGACCACUGCAUCGCCUGUGACUGAGGCUGCUCGUCUCUCAACUCCUGCUGCAUCUGCAUCUGCUGCUGCUGCUGCUGCUACUGCUGCUGCUGCUGCUGCUGCUGCUGCUGCUGCUGCUGCUGCUAAUGCGGAUGCUGCUGCUGCUGCUGCUAAUGCGGAUGCUGCUGCUGCUAAUGCAGAUGCUGCCGAUGCUAAUGCUGCUGAUGCUAAUGCUGCUGAUGCGGCUGAUGCUGCUGAUGCUGAUGAUGCUGGUGCUGCUAGGAGUGGUGCUGUGACGACCAAACAAGGUGGGUGGAGACCGAUCCUGCUGGGCCAGAGAAUAAGACGAGUGGUGCCUUUUUUGAGGCGCCUCAAAAACCGAGUCCUGCUGGGCCAGAGAAUAAGACGAGUGGUGUUUUUUUUUAGGCGCCUCAAAAACCGAGUCCUGCUGGGCCAGAGAAUAAGACGAGUGGUGCUGCUCCUGACAGCAAAUCCCCCGUCUCUGCACCUUUCCGUCUGUUUGUCUUCCACCCUCCAGCGACAGAACCGAGUCCUGCUGGGCCAGAAUAAGACGAGUGGUGCUGCUCCUGAUAGCAAAUCCCCCGUCUCUGCACCUUUCCGUCUGUUUGUCUUCCACCCUCCAGCGACAGAACCGAGUCCUGCUGGGCCAGAGAAUAAGACGAGUGGUGCUGCUCCUGAUAGCAAAUCCCCCGUCUCUGCACCUUUCCGUCUGUUUGUCUUCCACCCUCCAGCGACAGAACCGAGUCCUGCUGGGCCAGAGAAUAAGACGAGUGGUGCUGCUCCUGAUAGCAAAUCCCCCGUCUCUGCACCUUUCCGUCUGUUUGUCUUCCACCCUCCAGCAACAGAACCGAGUCCUGCUGGGCCAGAGAAUAAGACGAGUGGUGCUGCUCCUGAUAGCAAAUCUCCCAUCUCUGCACCUUUCCGUCUGUUUGUCUUCCACCCUCCAGCGAUAGAACCGAGUCCUGCUGGGCCAGAGAAUAAGACGAGUGGUGCUGCUCCUGAUAGCAAAUCCCCCGUCUCUGCACCUUUCCGUCUGUUUGUCUUCCACCCUCCAGCGACAGAACCGAGUCCUGCUGGGCCAGAGAAUAAGACGAGUGGUGCUGCUCCUGAUAGCAAAUCUCCCGUCUCUGCACCUUUCCGUCUGUUUGUCUUCCACCCUCCAGCGAUAGAACCGAGUCCUGCUGGGCCAGAGAAUAAGACGAGUGGUGCUGCUCCUGAUAGCAAAUCCCCCGUCUCUGCACCUUUCCGUCUGUUUGUCUUCCACCCUCCAGCGACAGAACCGAGUCCUGCUGGGCCAGAGAAUAAGACGAGUGGUGCUGCUCCUGAUAGCAAAUCCCCCGUCUCUGCACCUUUCCGUCUGUUUGUCUUCCACCCUCCAGCGACAGAACCGAGUCCUGCUGGGCCAGAGAAUAAGACGAGUGGUGCUGCUCCUGAUAGCAAAUCUCCCAUCUCUGCACCUUUCCGUCUGUUUGUCUUCCACCCUCCAGCGAUAGAACCGAGUCCUGCUGGGCCAGAGAAUAAGACGAGUGGUGCUGCUCCUGAUAGCAAAUCCCCCGUCUCUGCACCUUUCCGUCUGUUUGUCUUCCACCCUCCAGCGACAGAACCGAGUCCUGCUGGGCCAGAGAAUAAGACGAGUGGUGCUGCUCCUGAUAGCAAAUCUCCCGUCUCUGCACCUUUCCGUCUGUUUGCCUUCCACCCUCCAGCGAUAGAACCGAGUCCUGCUGGGCCAGAGAAUAAGACGAGUGGUGCUGCUCCUGAUAGCAAAUCCCCCGUCUCUGCACCUUUCCGUCUGUUUGUCUUCCACCCUCCAGCGACAGAACCGAGUCCUGCUGGGCCAGAGAAUAAGACGAGUGGUGCUGCUCCUGACAGCAAAAGGACCACAAUCAGCCCCAGCCCCAAUAACAGCACCACCACCAUCACCACUGAAAGCAACAGUUUCAGCAAUCCCAGCAACAGUAGUGACAUCACUGCUAUCGAUAGCACCACCAAUACCAGCAGCAGCAGCAGCAGCAGCAGCAGCAGCAGCAGCAGCAGCAGCAGCAGUAGCAGUGGCAGCAGCUGUGGAAGUAGUACCACCAGCAGCAGCAGGAUUGUCGAUAGCAGCAGCAGUUUCAACAGAAGCAGCAGGGAGGGCCCUAACUCUAAAGUGCCCUCUAGCCUACCCAACUCCCCCCCACCCCCUUCCUGCCAACCCUCUUCUCCUAUCCCCUCUCUUCCCACUUCCAUCUCCCUCCCUGCCCGUCCCCCUUCCCUUUCCCAAACCUCCAGCACCACCACCUCUUCCCCCUCCUCUUCUUCCUCCUCUUCCUCCUCCUCUUCCUCCUCUUCUUCCACCCUUUCCUCCUCCCUCUCUGACACGACAUCAUUCUCCUCCAAACUCCGCCUUACCCCCUCGUCCCUCUCAUCCUCCUCAUCCUCCACGUCAGCAAGCUCCACGUCAGCAGCAAUCCGCGCAACCACUCUCUCGGCGACAGCUGGUGAGUUCAUCCCUUCACUCCCGGCCACACCAGCCUCAGCAGCAAUCCCCACAGUAGCUGCGGCGGCGCCAACUGUAACGGCAACUCAAUCUCCUGCUGCUGCUGCUGCUGCUGCUGCUUCUGCCACUGCUGCUGCUUUUGCCACCCCCAGCACUGUCCAUCGGUCCCUGUCACCCGCUCCCUACAUUCCUAUCCGCUCCUCCUCUCCUCUGCCUGCCCAUUCCUCCUCUCCCCUUCCCCCGUCCACUCUCUUCAAGUCCCCCUCCGCCUCUACAUCUUCUCUUGCCUCUCCUCCUCCUCCUGCUGCCGCUACUCUUGCUGCUUCUUCUCCUGCUGCUGCUGUCGCAACAACCACUAGUGUUACCCUCACUGCGGCAGCUUCCUGGCGACUUCCUCAGCGUGCCGCAUCCCCGUCCCGAACCUCCCCAUCCCCAACCUACUCUCUCCGAACCUCCCUGGCUGGCUCGUCAUCCCUAGCCAGUGCAAUUUCAGCUCCGGAGUUUAAAUCCAAACUCUCUGCUCCGGAAUUUAAACCGAAGCUGAAUGCGCCCGAAUUCAAACCCAUUGGUGCUGCUGCUGGUGCUGAUGCAGGUGCUGGUGCUGCGGUGGUUAGAGUUGCUGGUGGUGGUGCAACGGCUGUUAGGGUUUCUGCUGCUGGUGCUACAACUGCUAGGGUUUCUACUCCUGUUAAGACACAGCCUGCUGGUUCUCCCGCUGUUGCUCUUGCCUCCUCCCUCUCAGCCUCUGCUGCUACUGCAUCCGCCUUCGUUCCCUCCUCCACUUCUGUGGUAGCUUCCAGCCCUGCUGCCUUCGCUCCUUCCUCUGUGUCUGCGGUAGCUUUCCGCUCUGAUGCGGUGCUGUGGGGUGCAGUGAUCGCAGCGCGUGAUGGAAGGAUUAGACCAGUGGUCAUGGGUAUGGGUGUGGGAGGUGCACGAGAGCAGCAGGAAGAGGAGGGAAAGGAUGCGGAGGAAGGGGUGCUAGGGCAUGAUUUGGGGGAUGGUGUGUUUCUCCCGUCUACCCUCGACUCUCCCCCGCCGUUUCCCCGCCACCAGCGGCCAAUCAGGCGACUGUUUGACCAUAGGGAGGACAUGGCAGUGGAUGCAGGGGGCAAGGGAGGAGACAGAGGCGGCAUGGGGGGAGUGGGGAUGGCGAAUGGGAUGGGGAAGGAUGGCAUGGGAGAGGGCAGCAUGCACAUCCACUCAAGGGGCGGAAUGCUCGAGGGGGAUGGCAUGGCUUCAUCAGUCGACAUGAUGGGUAGCAUGGGAAAUGGCAUGGCGAAUGGCAUGGUGAUGGGCAUGGGUGGCGGCAUGGAUGGCGGCAUGGGUGGUGGCAUGGGUGGUGGCAUGGCUUACCAUGGUGGGACGUGGGGCGAUGGAGGCGCCGAGGAGCAAGGAGGGCAAGUGAAUGGUCCAGUGUAUCUCGAAGGCACGGAAGGGACGAAGGCUCAUGCGGUUUAUGGCACAGGGGCAGCGGCAGGUGGGUUGGUGGGAUGGGGCAGCGUAGCCAUUUAUAGCCCCGAAUUUGCUGGUAAUAGCAUCUCGGGGAGUGCCAGAAGACUCAACAGCGCAAGAAAUAGCAAUAGCAGCAACAGCAACAACAGCAGCAGCAGCAGCGGUAACAGCGGCAGCAGCAGUAUCAGCAACAGGAGCAGCACCAGAAGCAGCAGCAGCGCAAGCUCGUCGUUCCUGUCAAAAACUUCUCUGGCCAAAGCAGCAGGAGCAGUUCCGUUUCGGCCCAAGGCAGUGAUCCCCCCUCGCUUUAUCUCUCCCACUGCUCCGGCCUUCGUUCCUUCCACUGCCUCCUCUCUCUCCUCCGCCCGCUCCUCUCACUCCUCUCUGUCCUCCAACCAUCCCACUCUUCCCUCUGCCCAUUCCUCUCACUCAUCUCUCUCCUCUCACUACUCUGUGCCAUCAGCUCCUCUUCGCUCCACAUCCCCUGCCUUCACCCCUUCCAAGCUCUCACUCCAUUCCGCCCCUUUCGCCCCUUCCACUGCUUUCCUCUCCCCACCGCCCCCCUCCGCUCGCCCAUAUGCUGCCUCUACUGCUGCUGCUGCCACCGCUGCUGCCGCUGCUUCUGCCACUGCUGCUUCGGCCACUGGUGCUGCCACUGGUGCUGCCACUGCCACUGCUGCCACUGGUGCUGCCACUGGUGCUGCCAUUGCCACUGCUGCCACUGCUUCUCCUGCUGCAAACAGUGCGGCUUCUGCUGCAACGGUUGCAACAGCCUCUGCUUCUGGCUCCUUUGCUGCCUCUGCUGAGUCUCUCACCACACCAGCGAAUGCACCCUCUGCUGUUGCCCCACUCGCUGCCUCUCUCACAACCGAAUCUCCUCGCCAUCCCUCUAUAUCAACCUCAUCAACGAGUCUGUCAACUUCACCUCCUGCUGCUGCUGCUGCUGCGGCUCCAGCACCAGGAGCACCAGGAGCACCAGGAGCACCAGGAGCACCAGGAGCACCAGGAGCACCAGGAGCACCAGGAGCACCAGGAGCACCAGGAGCACCAGGAGCACCAGGAGCACCAGGAGCACCAGGAGCACCAGGAGCACCAGUAGCACCAGUAGCACCGGCAGCACUGGCAGCAGCACCAGCAGCAGCAGCACUGGCACCAGCAGCAUCACCAGCAGCAUCACCAGCAGGAGCGGCCGGCGCUGCUGCAGCAGCGCUUCCCAUCUCCAAACAGGAAGGGGCGCACCCGGCUGGAGCCUCGCUGCUGAGAGCAGGAGCUGAGGAGUGGCGAGGCCCACGGGUUGCAGGGAGCAAGGAAUCUGGUAGGGCAGUGGGAGCAUACACGCCAGCAGCAACGGGGCCUGUAGGAGGAGCACAUGUGCCAGCAGCAACAGGGCCUUUAGGAGGAGCAGUAGGGGUUGCUGCAGGGGUGAUGGCAGGUGUGAUGGCAGGUGCUGGGUUGAGCAGCAGUAUUGGGCAUGGCAAUGGGAUGUAUAGCAGUGGUGGGUAUGGCAUGACUGGUGGCAGAGCAACGCACACUGGAGGGUCUGCAGUUGCCCUUCAAAUGGGCGUUGUGUCGUCAGCAGGCAUGGCAGCCUACCAGCCUGGCGGUGCGGCAGGCUCGGCAGCAUUCCAGCCUGGCGGUGCAGCAGGCUCGGCAGCAUACCAGCCUGGCGGUGCGGCAGGCUCGGCAGCAUACCAGCCUGGAGGUGCGGCAAGCACGGCAGCAGCCGUGGCUACUGGGGCUCCACCUGCUGGCGGUGGCUUUGCUAAUUCCAGUGGAGGGGGAGGGGUGCAAGGAAUGGCGACCACUCAUGCUGCUGCUGGUGCCAUGGCAUGGCGCCAUGCUACAUGGCAUGGUAUGGUCGGGUCUCCUCCCGCUACAUGGCAUGGAAUGGUCGGCUCUCCUCCUGCUAGAUGGCAUGGCAUGGUCGGCUCUCCUCCUGCGGCUCAUGCAGGGCUGCCUAGUGCGCUUCCGUCAUGGCAUUUGGGAAUGGGACCUACCAAUACCACAGCUGUCCCCUCCGCUGCUUCCACUGCUGCUGCUGCUGCUGCUGCUGUCAAUUACACUGGAGCUGCUUUCGGGGGCCAUGCUGUGCCUGAGAUGUCGUUCGGCAUUCCUUCCGAACCUGGAAGUUUAGCUGGUUCGGAGGUCUGGUCCGGGACUGGUGUACUUGGUCCGGAUGCUGCAGCUGGGGCUGGUUGGAGUCCUCCUGACGCAUAUGCAGGUUCGGCAGCCGCUUGGGCAGGUAUGGGAGGGCAUGUUGGUUCGGGUAUGUGGUCCGGGAUGAAUGAUGGUGCAGCAGCUGCUACUGCAGUGGGAAUAGGUGGGGUACUGGGAGGGAUGUGGCCGGGUAUGGGGGAAGUGGGUGUGCAGGGUAUGGCUGCUGGCAUGGUACCAGGGGGGGUGAUGAUGGGUGGGUAUGGCAUGCAUAUGCAUAGUGCAGGCGAAGUUGAUGGGAGUUAUGAUGGGAGUGGUGCCGCAAGUGUUGGCUUUACUGCUUUGCAUUGUCCGAUAUGUCAUGGUUACCUUGCCACAUCUCCGACUGAUUUGGCGGCUCAUUUGGAUCAUUGUGCUCAUUAUAACCACUAAGGCCUUACCUAUACUCUGAUGCUUGAUUCAUUUACACGUUGCUGUUUAUUAUGUGCUUCUCUUGUCUCUCUUCUGAAUCUCUUCUCUGAUUGUCUUACUAGUGUACAUUGCCUUGUUAAUAUUUGUGGAAAGUGAUGU